AAGGGGGUGGGAAGGAAGAGAAGGAGGUGAAGAUGGAAAAGAACAACAAGAACAAGAACAAGAACAAAAAGAUGAAGGAGAAGCAAUAAUAGAACAACAAUAUUUUGAUAAUCAGAGAGAGAGAGAGAGAGAGAGAGAGAGAGAGAGAGAGAGAGAGAGAGAGAGGGACAGGCAGACAGACUUCUAUUUAAGGAAAGCGAAAUCAUCUUCUCACGGUCUAGGGUUACACACACACACACACACACACACACACACACACACACAGUCAGUCAUACUCGAACUUUCAUUGAGGAUAGACGGUGUGACAGUUUGCUGGCCGAGAUGGAGGAGGAAGGCAAGCAGGAAUCACGCAGGGGAAGGAGGAACCGGUUAUUGAGACAGUUCAGCAAGAUAGCACGGUCCAGCCUGGGCACGGGGCUUAUGGGUACCCUGUUCACGUACCCUGCAGUGCUGGUACAAGAUCUGCAGACACACGGCACGUCCCUCUACGGCACGCCCCUCGACAUUGAUGGCCUGCAGGAUAUCAUUGGUAGUCUUUUAAUGUUAUCCUCACUACCCGGCGCGUGGGUGACAGGGGCCUUGGCGAUGCGUCUCGGCAGAAGAAAGGGAAUGAUGAUGAACGGGGCCCUUGCUUUCAUUGGAUGGCUCGCUAUGGCUCUCAUCCCUCAUUAUUCGGGAAUCCUUUUGUCCAGAUGCAUUUCAGGUGUGGCAUUGGGAGGCAUGACUGUUAUAGUUAAUUCCUAUGUGGCAGAGUUGGCUGAUGCAGAUGUGCGCGGAAUGAUGUGCAUGUGUCUCAACCUGGCCAUCCUAGCAGGCCAGGUCCUCUCAGUGGCUCUGGGUUACUGCGUCCGCUAUUACACUGUAGCCUUCAUCAACGCCCUAGUUCCAGCUGCCUUUGUCCUGUUCCUCGUGUGGCUGCCUGAGUCCCCCUCCUACCUCGUCGUCACUGGCAGAGAGGACAAGGCUAUGAAGGUUCUGUUGGAGCUGAGGGGACACCACGCCAAUAUACAGCAAGAGGUGAACAGCUACAAGGAUUUCAAUAAGCAGCAGGAAGGCACGACAGGAAGCUGGCGAACACUAGCGCAAUCUGAAAUUCUGAAGUCUCUGCUUGUAGUAUCUGGCCUCUUCUUCCUUGUGGCUUUUACAGGUUUCCUCGCGAUUAAUUCUUAUUCAGUCCAAAUCUUUGAGGCAGCUGGCAGCUCAGUGGAUAGCGGAGUUGCAUCUAUAAUACUGAUGGUUCUGCAGUUCGCAGGAGGCAUUGUGAGUGUCUUCUUAAUUGAUGGAAUAGGAAGAAGAAACACGUUAUUCCUUUGUUUUUCCAUCAUGGCCGUGGGUUUGGGCCUGAUGUCAGUGUACUGCGGCGUGCUGGAGAGUGGCAGCACCACCACUAUCACCACCUUCAUCACCACCACCACCACCGCAGCCACCACCACCACCACCGCAACGUCCCCUGCUGUGGUGGGCAUAGAGGGGUGGGGGUGGGCGCCUCUCGCCUUCCUUGGCUUGUCCCAGACCGCAAUGUUUAUGGGAUUAAAUUUGAUGCCUUUUUUGUUGAAUCAAGAGUAUUUUCCCACGGCCAUUAGAUCCCAGGCCUGCAGUAUCUGCUUCACUAUCUGGACCCUGAGUACCUUCACUACACUUCAGUUUUUCACGCCCAUGGUAACCGUAAUGACACAGGCUGGGCUCUACGGCGCCUACUGCUUCUUCUGCGUCGUUGGCAUUCCCUUCACGUUCUUCUUCAUCAGAGAGACAGCUGGGAAAGCCGUUGGGUAAGCGAGGAAGGCGCUGGAGUGUGAGAAUGCAAGGGAAAACGCUUAUUUGUAAAACAAUAUGUGUAUUUUAUCAGUCGCGUGUUAGGUUUGUGUUUUUUAAGCUCUGUAAAAUGCGUCAUUGUAUGCUGCGGCUACCACUUCUUCUACAACGUACGAAUAGAAGGACACAAGAGUUGCUGCAGGAAACCAUCUAGCCUACACGUGGCUGUCCCUGUAUGAAAUAUGUUUGUCUGUUUCCACCUCUCAUUCCCAUCCUUACAUUUGUCUAAUUACCUGAAAAUAACAAUAAUAACAACAACAACAAUAAAUCCAUACUCUAAACCACUUCGUUGCAUCAUCAGCAUUGUUUUCAGACACACAGUCACACAUCAUUAGUCACGUUUUCACGGCACGAAGAUACGCGAAAAUAAGCACUAUUGAUCGUACUUAACUCAUUUUUGUUACUUGUCAAUAAUAAAUAAUAAAGCUACA